AUGAAUCAUGGUGAAUUACGAUCAAAACGACAUCAAAUAUCCACUAAAUCAUCAUCAGAAAGCAGCGAUUCAAAAGAUUACGAAGUAGAUGAGGAAUCAGAUGACGAAUUAGCCGCUCCAGCUUCAGACAAAACUAGCGAAUCAGCAAGUUCAGAAGAUGAUCAUGAUGAUUCAGAGGAUGAAAUACCGGCUGUAAUUUUCAAUCAUCCUUUGGUAAACGAUUUAUUGGAUCGAUUUAUGCGUGCGCAAUUACAAACUGAUACCAAUGUUAACAAUAUCAAUCAUGGCAAAAAUGCCGGAAAAAAGUUUGAAUUUCUUAUUAAUCAAUUAAUUAAAAUCUGA